AUGGCGGAUCAACACUACUAUCAGUCCCCCGCUCCGGGAGUCGCUCCUGGUGAAGACCCCUCCGAUCCGAAUCGAAUUCCCCAGCAAACUCCUUAUCCAAGCCAAUACCCUGCUGGAUAUACUCCGGGCCCUCCUCCGCCGCAGACCACUGCUUACUAUGGAGCUGGUGCCUCCGGCAAUCAGCAAUGGCCCGCCUCCGCAUACGGAUCCCCCCCGCCUGUACCACAGCAACCCGUGCCAGCUUCGUCCCAGUUCGCAUACAAUACCAGUCCGCAACCGGCUUUGGGAUCACCGGCUGACCCGUCAAUGGCUGGCUUGACGUCGCAGAUGAGUGGGUUGGGUAUAAUGGGAGAAGGAGCCGCUCGGAGUUCGAAGAAAAAGCACCGCCAUGCACACCACAACAUUGGGGCAGCACCGGCAGUGCAGCAACUGCCAACCGGUCCAGAAGACGCUCUGCCACAGCCUUCAUCCCAGUUUUUAAAUACCGGGCUGAACCAAGCCCCUCGCGCUGUAUCCCCGGCUCUGAGUGCUUCAGGAGGUAUCCCGCAACCAACAUUUGGAGCCGCACCUGAAGCAGCUCAUGGGACAGUUCCUACUCAAGGAAGGAUUGACCCGGAGCAGAUUCCAAGUAUACCACGAUCACGCGAUAUCCCGGCGCAAUACUACUUUAGUCAUGUCUAUCCUACAAUGGAACGCCAUUUACCUCCACCCGCGGCAGUUCCCUUUGUGGCUCACGACCAGGGUAACUCGUCUCCGAAAUAUGCCCGCCUGACUCUAAAUAACAUCCCCUCUUCCUCCGACUUCCUUUCGUCUACCGGACUUCCUCUGGGAAUGAUCCUGCAACCGUUGGCUCGCCUCGACCCCGGGGAACAACCGAUCCCCGUACUCGAUUUUGGAGAUGCGGGCCCUCCUCGGUGCCGCCGCUGCCGGACAUAUAUCAACCCAUUCAUGUCAUUCCGAUCGGGAGGAAACAAGUUUGUUUGCAAUAUGUGUACUUUCCCUAAUGACGUUCCUCCUGAAUACUUCGCUCCGAUCGAUGUUUCAGGGGCUCGUAUCGACCGGAUGCAACGCCCCGAGCUCAUGCAGGGAACAGUUGAGUUCCUGGUGCCCAAGGAUUACUGGAACAAGGAGCCUGUCGGUCUCCGUACGUUGUUCCUGAUCGAUGUCAGUCAGGAGUCGAUCAAGAGGGGGUUCCUGAAGGGCGUGUGCAAGGGUAUUAUGAAGGCUCUUUACGAAGAAGAACCAUCAGAUAACACAGAUGAAACUACGCCAACGCGCAAGUUACCUGAGGGCUCGAAGAUUGGAAUUGUCACUUAUGACCGGGAAAUACAGUUCUACAACCUGAGUGCGGAACUUCAACAGGCACAGAUGAUGGUGAUGACGGAUCUGCAAGACCCGUUCGUCCCCCUCAGCGACGGACUGUUCGUCGAUCCGUACGAGUCAAAGCAUGUUAUUACCUCUCUUUUAGACCAAGUCCCAAGUAUUUUCUCCCGUGUCAAGGUCCCAGAGACGGCUCUUUUCCCUGCCCUAAGCGCAGCACUUUCCGCUUUACAGGCUACUGGUGGUAAAAUCAUUGGGGCCAUCAGCACGCUACCAACCUGGGGACCUGGGGCUCUAACGCUUCGCGAUGAUCCUAAGGCGCAUGGGACAGAUGCGGAAAGGAAGCUGUUCACAACAGACAAUACUGCCUGGCGGGAAAUCGCAGGCAAGUUGGCCGAGGCUGGUGUUGGUGUUGACAUGUUUGUAGCGGCCCCUAGUGGAACAUAUAUGGACGUUGCUACUAUUGGUAUGCACUACUUUGCCCCGUCGAUGAAUGUGCUAACCUCCAUAGGCCACGUGCCUGAAGUAACGGGCGGUGAAACGUUCUUCUAUCCCAACUUCCACGCGCCUAGGGAUAUUCGGAAACUUUCUGAAGAAGUGGCGCAUGCCGUUUCGCGAGAAAAGGGUUAUCAGGCAUUGAUGAAAGUCCGCUGUUCCAAUGGGUUGCAGGUUUCGGCGUAUCACGGGAACUUUGUGCAGCACACAUUCGGCGCGGAUCUCGAAAUCGGCGCAAUUGAUGCCGACAAAGCGAUUGCAGUUCUUUUCAGCUAUGACGGCAAGCUUGACGCGAAGCUGGAUGCACACUUCCAAGCUGCGUUACUUUAUACGUCGGCGAACGGACAGCGUCGGGUACGUUGUAUCAACAUAGUGGCGGCGGUCAACGAUGGCGGACUGGAGACCAUGAAGUUUAUCGACCAGGAUGCCGUCGUGAGCAUAAUCGCUAAAGAAGCCGCUGCCAAGACGCUGGACAAGAACCUCAAGGAUAUCCGAGCGAGCAUUACAGAGAAGACUGUGGAUAUCUUUAGCGGAUACCGUAAGGUGUUUUCUGGAUCGCAUCCUCCUGGCCAGCUUGUAUUGCCGGAGAAUCUCAAAGAGUUCUCCAUGUUCAUCCUAGGCCUGAUCAAGUCACGGGCCUUUAAAGGCGGCCAGGAAUCAUCAGACCGACGGAUCCACGACAUCCGGAUGCUACGGUCAAUAGGCUGUACUGAAUUAUCACUGUACUUGUACCCAAGAAUCAUUCCUAUCCAUAACAUGCAGCCAGAGGACGGAUUCCCGAAUGAGCAAGGCCAGCUACAAGUUCCGCCUUCCCUUCGGGCUAGUUUCUCCAAGAUCGAAGAAGGCGGAGCAUAUUUGGUCGACGACGGGCAACAGUGUCUUCUAUGGAUUCACGCACAAGUAUCUCCUAAUCUUUUGGAGGACCUCUUCGGUCCCGGGCAGACAUCUUUGCAAGAGCUCAGCCCGCAAACUUCGUCCAUUCCAGUGCUGGAGACACAUCUCAAUGCGCAGGUCCGCAAUCUGCUUCAAUACUUCUCUACCAUUCGAGGGUCCAAGGCGGUCACGAUUCAGCUAGCCAGGCAAGGACUUGACGGUGCCGAGUAUGAAUUUGCGCGGUUGCUAGUAGAAGACCGCAACAACGAAGCGCAGAGUUACGUUGACUGGCUAGUGCACAUUCACCGGCAAAUAAACAUGGAGCUUGCCGGGCGCCGGAAACGUGAGGAAGCCGCUACAGAGGGAUCACUGGCCGGUCUGACUGGGCUACGAGCGCCCUAUUGGUAA